AUGGUGAGCUACGAUGAUGUCCGUGAUCAUGUGGCAUCUCUGUUCAUCAUGCUGAACAAGAAAACUGUUAUCUUGUUUCGCAUCGAGUUCCUGGUGGUCCUCGCCACACUGCUCUUCUUCGCCAUGUUCCUCAUGGAUUUCUUUCGCCGCAUGAUCCACAACUCGUUCAUGAGGGCCGUCUUCAGCGUCUUCGACGCCGUCUCCGACUCCAUUGUCCUGUACCUCCUGGGGGCCAUGCAAACGGCGCCUUUCAAGAAUCAGCUCUUCCCGGUGUGGGCUCUUAUGCUUGUCAAUUUCCGUUACAGUGCAGAUUACAUCUCUGGGUAUGGUGUUCCUGACCGCAGGGGGCGAAGGUUCACUGAGUGGAGGAACGUGUUCAAGCUCUUGGGAUCGGCGUUCCUGAAUUGGACGCGUGGAUCCAGAUUCACAGGUCCACUAUGGUCCGUCUGGUGUCUGCAGAUAGUGAGGAGUGCCUACAGAUUCUUCUCACAUAAACUGGCACUCGGCUCCUUCUGGCAUGGCCGGAGUUCGCAGCUUGUUGCAGAACACAUGCGUGCCAGAUAUGAUGAUAGUACGAGCAACUCGCGAGUAGUGCCUGACCCAGUGACGAUGGAAGGCUACAACUACUUGGUGUAUGGAGAAGAAAGUCAUGGUUUCCAACUAAAGAAGCCUAUGUAUGCAUUUUCUGCCGACACUAGUGCCCGUCUGCCCGGAUGGUUCAGCCUAGCUAGAUGUCGUUGCUGUGCUGCAAGAGAAGAUACUUACAGCAGCACCAGGUCGCCAACACUGGUCACGCUGGACAAGGUCUGGCUAUGUUUUGGCGAUACACCUACCCAGAAGACCGACCUAAAGGAUCUCCCUCUGGCCUUCGCCUUGUCCAGGCUGCUGCGGUGCCGGCUUGAGGAUGUGACACUGCAUCCAUGUAUCUUUAAAGUAAACCGAGAGCUGGUCAAGAGCAUAAUUGGUGGGAAGGUGGGUGCCAGCGAUGCCCUCAGGAUCAUAGAGCUGCAGCUUGCCUUCGUCCACGACUAUUUCAACACCCGCCACCCCAUGGUGUUCUGGUCUGGGCUGCUAUCUCUCUUCGUCACCCUGUUUCUGUCCAUGCUGACCAUUGCUGCUGUCUGCUGGCUCGCUAUGGAUAUCCGUAGGGUCUAUAAGCCCCCAAACGGCGAGCUUGCUAAUAUGGUGAAGGGUUUUAAUAUCGACAUGAUCAUCACAUGGGCAUUCAUUUUAUUGAUGAUUGCCAAGGAGGUUUGGGAGAUGGUGACAUACUUACUCUCGGACUGGACACGCUUAAUCCUGGCGCGUGAGUAUGUGCAGAUGAGGUGGCAGAGGAACAAGUUUACAUGUCUGUAUCAGAUGCUAUUUUCGAUUUCCAGACGUAAAAUUACUGAUAAGAGGUGGCAUGGUUUCAUUGACCAGUAUUUCUUCAUGCAGUCGUAUGAUGACAGACCAAGACUUUGGAAUUUUGUUCACAACCUAACUACAGGAAUAAUUCCAAAGAAAGAUGAUGGGGCAAAGCUCAACUGUGCCAUCAAAGUUCCAGAGUUUGUCAAGAAGGCAGUUCUAGAGAAGCUCAGCACAAUUGUAGAGGAAGAACAAGGUUGUAGUCUGCCUAGGGUCAUCAAGACAUUGUCCAACAGUAACCUUAGGAAGCAGUUGCAGAACUACAAGGCUUACAGUGCACGACCGACGAGCACCCAGAUCCUCCUGCCAACAAGCUCUCACACCAUUCUCAUGUGGCACAUUGCCACCAGCCUCUGCGAGAUGGAGCUUGCGACAAAACACGGCGUCAACUUGAGCAACCCUGGGUUUCCGUGUUCCCUCUUGUCUUGGUUGACUUCUUGCUGCUCAUCCAAACCGUAUCUUAUGGAUUUGGGUGAGAAGGAAGAUGACAUCUUGUCAUGGUUAACAAACUGCUGCUCAUCCAAGUCAAGUGAGAAUUUGCCUGAUGAGCUCCGGGAAUCAUACACCGUUGCGAAUAGCUUAUCGCGGUACUGUGCAUAUCUGGUGGUUGCAAAGCCAGACCUGAUCCCUGACAGCUUUCUUGUUCCCAAGAUAGUCUUCCAAAAAACUGUCCAGAGUGCUCGUGAUCGCUUUCUGAAAAACUGUGAUUCAUUAGAGAGCAGGCACAGAAAACUGAAAAACAAAGCAGAAAAACCUGUCAAAGACUCUGAAAAGGAAGAUGUAUUGAAACAAGGUGCCGUGCUGGGUAAGGAACUGCUCAAUCUUCCAACUGAUGAAGCUCGCUGGAAGAUCCUGGCAGGGGUAUGGACAGAGUUACUUAUACACAUUGCGCCCACGUGGAAUGCACAGGCACAUAGGAAGUGUCUUUCUGGAGGGGAGUUCAUAACCCACGUCUGGGCAUUGCUUUGGCACUAUGGCAUCCAGAAUAGUAACCUGUGGCCAAAUGAAGUUGCGAUAGGAAGCAAUGCUCCUGCAGCGCCUCAGAAUAAUGGUGUGGGAAGUGAAAACAAUAUGAACGAGACAGGGAAAGCUUGUGCAGACAUAAGCAACAACCAGAUUGAAAUUAAUGUUCAUGGACGGGAUGAGAUCAAGGGAGCCAGAGAGCAUGAGACACGAAACUCAAGGAGAGGACCAAGAAGAAUGGAGGAAACAGAGAGUAUAGAAAUCGAGGAGGGGAAUCAGGAUGCGAUAGUGGAGGACACAAAAUUUCAGAGAGGAAUGGCUGGCUGGCCAAACACAAAACAAGAGUGA